CCCACCUGAUGCAGUUUAACUGGGACAAGUCAGGUCACAGACUGAGUCCCACAACCAAGAGUGGCUGCCUCUCCUUGGGCUCCGAUAUUUAGCCAUGUGCUGGUAGGGUCUUGGGAUGUCCUCAAAGCAGAGGGUCCUAAUUGAGGUAGGGGACUGCCUUGUUCCUUGUGUGCCUGGAGGGUCUUGGCAGAAGGAGAGCUUGUCAAGGGAGAUGGAUGGGCCAGGACUUGGGACCAGAGAAGAUUGUCCAAAGUUGCUGAGGUGCAUGGCCUGGAGGAAAGAUGAGUGGGGACGUGAGGGCUGUCCUCCCCCUUUGGGCUCCAUGAAGCACACACGUGGGCAACUCUGGUUCCCAGAGAGAGAGAGAGGUGCGUGUGCACACAUGCACACACACAAACACACACACGCACAGCUGAAACGUAUGGUCAUGUGCCAUGUGGUGGUUAUGGGGGUGUUAUGUAUUAAAUUAUGAAAACGUGGAUUUGGUGGAUGAUGUGGAGUAUCUCAUAGUGUUGCCUUGUUCAAUGGAUCGAUUUUCAAGGUGUAAUCACCUCAAUUAGCAAACGCAAGGACACACUUCGACCACAUAUGGAAAGGUAGCCCCUGGAAAAAGUUGGAGGUUGGAAUAGAGUUGACCUUGUUCUUGGGUCAUUUGAAUGUGAAGAAAAUCACACCAUUGAUAAUUUCUAAGAAACCGUGAAAAUACCAGUGUGAGAAUGUAUAAUAAAAGAAUAUCAUCCCCCCCCGCCCCCGCAAAAAAAAUGAUGGAUGGAUGGAUGUAUCUUAUUAACCCCCCCGACCGAGCUGGUCUAUUUCCCUCCAACCCUGUCCGGGGCUGGCCUGGCUGGGCCACAGUCCCCAACUGCCCCCUGGUGGCGACCCAGAGCCCUCGGGCUCCCCGUGCCUAUGGAUACCUUUCUUCCCGAACUUACCUGGGAGGCAGGGCCCCCUAUCUGCACCCCCAUCCCUUGGGCCAGGCUCUGCACAGCUCACCUGAAACAAGCUCUCAGUCUCCUUCCCUUGCAGGUGACCACAGCUGCCUGGGAGGCCUCUCACGGUUCCUUCCUGAAUCCCAGCUUGGGGGCGCCCCGCUGCCUGCAGCCACCUCCGACCCAGCACCCCAUCACCAUGCACUCCUUGGACGAGCCGCUCGACCUGAAGCUGAGCAUCAGCAAGCUCCGGGCGGCGAGAGAAAAGCGAGAGAGGACGCUGAGUGUGGUCCGGCACCGAGCUCUGCACAGGGAGCUCGGCUUGGUGGAUGACAGCCCCACCCCGGGCUCUCCGGGCUCCCCACCCUCAGGCUUCCUGCUGAACCCCAAGUUCCCUGAGAAGGUAGAGGGACGUUUUUCGGCGGCCCCUCUGGUGGACCUCAGCUUAUCACCGCCGUCUGGGCUGGACUCUCCCAAUGGCAGCAGCUCACUGUCCCCUGAGCGCCAGGGCAACGGGGACCUGCCUGCAGUGCCUGCUGCCCCGGACUUCCAGCCACUGCGUUAUCUGGAUGGCGUCCCCAGUUCCUUCCAGUUCUUCCUGCCUCUGGGCUCCGGGGGGGCCCUGCACCUGCCUGCUUCCUCCUUCCUUACCGCCCCCAAGGACAAGUGCCUCUCACCAGAGCUCCCCCUGCCCAAACAGCUGGUGUGUCGCUGGGCCAAGUGUAACCAGCUCUUCGAGCUCCUCCAAGACCUGGUGGAUCACGUCAACGACUACCACGUCAAGCCCGAGAAGGACGCAGGGUACUGCUGCCACUGGGAGGGCUGUGCCCGCCACGGCCGAGGCUUCAAUGCCAGGUACAAGAUGCUCAUCCACAUCCGCACACACACCAACGAGAAGCCGCACCGCUGCCCGACCUGCAGCAAAAGCUUCUCCCGCCUGGAGAAUCUGAAGAUCCACAACCGCUCGCACACAGGUGAGAAGCCCUACGUCUGCCCCUACGAGGGCUGCAACAAGCGCUACUCCAACUCCAGCGACCGCUUCAAGCACACGCGCACCCACUAUGUGGACAAGCCGUACUACUGCAAGAUGCCCGGCUGCCACAAGCGCUACACCGACCCCAGCUCGCUGCGCAAGCACAUCAAGGCCCACGGCCACUUCGUGUCUCCUGAGCAGCAAGAGCUCCUGCAGCUGCGCCCGCCCCCCAAACCACCACUGCCCACCCCCGACGGCAGCCCCUACGUCAGCGGAGCCCAGAUCAUCAUCCCCAACCCUGCUGCCCUCUUCGGAGGCCCCAGCCUGCCCGGUCUGCCCCUGCCUCUGGCCCCCGGCCCUCUUGACCUCAGUGCCCUAGCCUGUGGCAAUGGCGGGGGUGGUGGGGGGCCGGGUGGCAUGGGCCCUGGGCUGCCGGGCCCUGUCUUGCCCCUCAAUCUGGCUAAGAGCCCGCUGCUGCCCUCACCGUUUGGGGCUGGUGGACUGGGCCUGCCUGUGGUCUCCCUCCUCGCUGGCUCCGCUGGCGGCAAGGCCGAGGGGGAGAAGGGGCAUGGGGCAGUCCCAGCCAGGUCUCUGGGCAUGGAGGGCCGCAAGACGCCCCUGGAGAGGACUGAGAGCAGCCGCUCCCGGCCAAGCCCUGACGGACUCCCCCUGCUGCCAGGCACUGUGCUGGACCUGUCCACAGGCGUCAACUCGGCAGCCAGCAGCCCGGAGGCACUCGCCCCUGGUUGGGUGGUCAUUCCGCCGGGCUCUGUGCUGCUCAAGCCAGCCGUGGUGAACUGAAUCUGCCUGCUGGAUGGCUACCUGCAGCCUGGCUAGCAGCUCCCAACCCUGCCCCUGACGAACGGAAACUUUUCUGCGAAAUAGCAAUAAUGUCCUCCUGCCCCCGGGGCCUGGUUGGCUGGGUCCCCCAGGCAGACCCAGCCCCAGACAAGCUGGGCAGCAAGGAUGGUGCUAGAAGGUCAUUGGUGGUGUCCCAGGCUCCGGAACAGGGGCUGGUGCUGCCAGCCAGGGUGAGCCGUGCUCCUGGGUGCUAAGGCCUCGCUCGCCUCCGGCCCUUCCCCUGCCCUGUCCUCCACUUAGCCCUCAGUCUCCCAGCCGCGCCCCCCCGCCAUGCCUCCCUCAUCCAUUCACCAGCCUGGGUAGGUCAUCCUCCCUCCCUGCCUUGCCCACCUGCCAGCCAUGUCCCCAUCCUGCCUAGCCUCUCUGGGCCCCUGUUCUGGGGGCUUCUUGGACCCCUUUCCCUCUGGCCCACCCUCCAGAGGGAGAGCAAGACAGACGCAGGCAAAGCCACAGGAAGAAGCCACCUUAUCCCUAUGACAAGGCGCCUCCAAACUCAAAGAGGGAGGCCCGCUCUGCCAGCUGCCCCUCACUACUACUAGCCCGUCCAAAAACAGCCAGCACUACUGGAGGCUCGGCCCCUUCCCCAGACUGGACGCUCUCCACAGUGCGGGGACUGCUGACCACUCGCCUGCCCCUUCACUGCUGGGCCUUCUCCCUCUACUUUUAGGGAGCCCUGAGCAAGGAGGGGAGAUGCCAGGAUGCCGGGCCCUUGCUUGGCUCAGGGAACAGGUGGGGCAGGGCUUGGCUUGGGGUAGUGCCACUCUGCACAAGGGACUAUGGAGGUUUGCAGGGUGUCAGGAGGUAGGAGGCUGGCCAGGGACAACCCCAGGCUGGGACACAGCUCCCAUUCUGGGGGUGUCAAGUCACAGCCAAGCACAUAGGGGAGGUAGGGCUCCGGGCCAGUGCUGGGCAUGGGAGCUUUCCAGAGGCCAUGGACUGAAAGCCCUGGGCUGGGGGGUGGAGAAGCAAACAAGGAUGGCCAUAGGAGCACCCGAGCCCUCCACCUGGGAAGGGGAAGCUAGAGGAAGGAGCCUGGAUUUAAAACAUGGUUGUGUCCGUCCGCUAUUUCCCAGAGCCUCGGUCUUAGAGGUGUCCCCACCCCUGCCCACCACCUCCCCCAUGGCACGGGCCAGAAUAAGCUAAGGAUGCUGGUGCUCCAUGUGCCCCACAGCCCAUGGCCCGAUCCCACCAGGCCUCGGGGCCCCGGCAGAUGCUUCCCCUCACCCUGAGCACUCACUGUUCCCUCUCUGGAGGUGGCCUGGUGCCGCCUGGGAGGCGCUGGCCCAGCAGCCAGGACUCCUGGCCCCUCAGCCACAUGACCAAGCACUCCGUUUCCCCUGCUAUAGAACUGGAGGCUGCGGGCCAGCAGGGGGUGCUCAGCAGCCCUGCGGACUCUACCCUCUCCCGACUGCCCUUCUGUCCUAGAGGGGGUGCCCUAACAGGGCCUGGCAGUGCUGCCUCCGCCCCUUGAAGGGGCUGUGAGCAGAACAGGAGGGAGCUGGUCUCCUUUCUUCAGGCCCCACCCAGGACCCAGGCCUUAAGUCCCCAGCUGGGGGCCAGGGCUCUGAGACUCAAGCCCAGGGAGCAGAGGAACAGGGCACUGGAAGGUGACGUUAGCUCAGCAUGUGACUUGGUGAUAGACCAGGCUCGAAAGGGCUGGUGUAUGUGUUGUUGUUGUGGGUUUGUUGUUGCACAUUCCAGGAUAUCAGUAUUUUAACAGGUUCUAAGUGCCUUUCUAUUGUAGCUUAUGUUUUUCCUCCUCUUGGCUCCAUUGCUGUUAGCAUAGAGUUUAAAAAAAAAGAGAUAAGCUAAUGACUAUAACAAUAUAUUCCUCCAUGUGAGAGGAAGUUUAUAAAGAAACAAUAAAAGUGAGUUGCAAAGAUG